AUGACAAGCGUAACCAAACUAUUUAAAACACUCAGAGACGCUCCCAGCAAGGGAGUCAAAAGACACAUAACAAAUGAGAUAGUGGGAAUGUAUUGUGCAACGCCUGCGCUGGUGAAAACGCUCUUAGAAGAGACGCUGUUUCUUUCCGAAAGCAGCGCGUGGGAGGAUAGAGUAGCAGGCUCUAGAGUGCUGGAAGAGCUUUUUAAGUCCGGCGCAAUAGAAGACACGUUUUCGCAGAAAGAGUACGCGCUGGGCAUAGAGAUAGACCGCGUGCUUGAAAUGCCAAAGUUUCUGGCCACGCACUACAGCGGAAAAGAAACAGUCAAGGGAGGGAAAGACUUUAUUGAUUUAGAAGACCAUAACGUGGUGCUGGGGCUCAGCGACAUAAGCCUGCCAGGGACACGGAGCGGAGAGGGCGGGCUGCUAAGAAAAAAGAAGCAGGCCCUGCGGGUCCAGAAGGACGAGGAAAAGACAGAGAUAGAGAGCAAGGAGCAGUUCUACCAGUGCGUGCUUUCCAACCUGGAGUCGUACGUGUGGGAGAAAAGGCACGGAGCAUCGCAGCUGCUGCUCGGCAUUUUCCGGGGCAUGCGCGCGCGGCCAGCUGGAGCAGCCUCGCUGGGCUUGCUGAGCUCCAAGCGCUAUGUGGAGUGCAUGCUGAGAGUUCUUAUUCUGGACAGAUUCAACGACUAUGAGAUGGACAUUGCGGUUUCGCCUGUGCGGGAGACAGUGGCCAAGGCUCUCAAGGAGCUUGUGCCGUUUCUGGCGCCCGCGACAAUAAAAGAGCUGCUUGCGCUUCUUACAAAGCUGGGCGCGUACGAAGACUGGCAGAUAAAGUACAGCGGGCUGCUGGGCCUCCAAUACAUCCAAGACGUGGUUUCUCCCGAAGAGCACAAGCCGAUCAUCGUGGACAUAGGAAACACGUGUCUGGCGCUCCUGAACGACCUGGACGAGGACGUGAAGAGGGUGGCUGCGGGCAUUCUUAUGGGGCUGUUUGAAAGAUACUGCGAGUUUUACUCUGGAGCCCCGGAAGAGCGCAUCCGAGAGAGCAUAGACGAGGUCAUAAGCAUAGAAGACACGGUGGAGGGGUGCUGGGACGCGCUGGAGGAAGAGGAAGACCUUGCUAUCUCCAAAGCCAAAAUAAUGGGCCUGCUGGAAAAAAUUGCGCGGCUCCUGAAGCACGAUCUGGGGAAAAUAACCCGAAAGAGAUGGAUGUACAUACUGUGUCUUAUCCGAAACCCGAUAGACACGGUGCGCCUUUCCGUGCUUUCGCUCCUGAGCCUCUUGCCGGUGCAGGACCCGGCGUCUCUGGCGGCGUCCCUUCUGUUCAGCAUAAUGGCAGAGCAGGAGGCCGAGAUAAGAGAAAAAACAGCAGAGCUGUUUAAGAGAGUGGCGGCCGAGGGGAAGGUGCCGGGAAUCCAGAGCAUAGUGCACGGCUUCCUGCAGGUUGUAUGCGGGCCGGCUGUGGUGGGAAUGUCUUCGCUGGCAAGCCUAAAUCUGUCGGUGAUUGUCGGGGAGAGCGACAUCUGCUCCACCGACGACGGAUGCAAGUCUCUGGGCGAGGGCGCGGUUCUCUCCGGAAGAGUUGAGGUGUUUAAGGUCCUUAUGAGCAGCAGCAGCGAAAUAAGGGAGUGUGUGUCCGCGUUCUUUAUGGCUCCGGGAAAGCAGCAGCCAUACUUCGCAGUACUAAAAGCGGUGGCCUCUGCGAUUCUCAUGGAGCAGGGCGCACAAGAGAGCGGGGCCCGGCUGCUGGACAGCCUGCUGGCUGGCGCUGAGGACAAAGACAGAAACGACCUAGCAAGGGCCGCGCACAGCCUGGCGCUACACAUAAAGGGAGCAGCAGCGGCCGAGGACGCCGAGAUUCUUGUGUACACGUUCAACACGCCAACGCCAGUCGCGCUUCUGCAGAUCAUGGCAGCGGCGGUUCGGGCCGCUUUGGGCAAGUUUGACGAGUUUUUCAAGCUGGCAAUUGAGUGCGUGUGCGCGCGCGAGGAGAGCAAAGUCAUGGAGAUGGUGAUCAAGGAAAUGGGCGAGGCCAAGAAAGCAAAGCUGAUGGAAGACAUCGAGUGCAAAGAGCCGGAGUGGGAAAUGCUAACGCUUUUUAGAGAGGUGGGCGACGCCUUUUUGGACACGCCUGUGUUUGGCGAGCUGAGGGCCAGCCUGGGAAGGUGCUCUAUUUUUCUGCAGAGCACAAUUGAGUGCUUUAGCUCGGUUGAGAAGCUGCAGUUUAUAUUUGAGUACGCUAUGGAGAAAAAUCUAGACAGAAUUGUCUCGGCCCUCAUAAAGAAGAGCCCGCAAAAGAACGAAGAGUUUAUACUGGCAGCAAAGAAAAAGCUCGAGGAAAUAGUGUGCCAGGAAAAGACAGACCACACCGAGUUUUUGGCGUUUAUUGUGGAGGUCGUUCCACACUCGCAGCUGCACCUUCUUGUGGCGAUCGCGUUCCCUUUGGUCACGGCAAUGAACACGCCUUUUUAUGUGGAGGGCACGCGCGAGCUAGCAUCAAAGGCGUUUUCUGCUGUAGCGCCUGCAAUGUGGCUGCGCACAGAGAGCGCGGUGGAAAGCCCAGAGCUUGAGAAAGAAGUCAAGGCUGCCAAGGCAAGAGUGGGCUCGCUUAUGGAGCCGGAUGCGCUGCCAAAGGUGGAGAUGAAGGUCGAGCUGAGAGAGUACCAGAGAAAGGGCGUCGAGUGGAUGGGGUUCCUCAGGAAAAGCGGCUUGUCGGGAAUGCUCUGCGACGACAUGGGGCUGGGAAAAACAGUGCAGGUGCUUGCCUUUUUGGCCGGGCAAAUGGGCGCAGGGGCGCAGGCCAAGAAAGCUGCGCUUGUUCUCUGUCCUUCUGCGCUGACUGGGCACUGGCACAUGGAGAUCACGUCGAACUUUCCCACGCUGAAGAGCGCCACAAUUGACGACUUUGGCGGAAGCGGAGUGUGCAUAUCGUCGUUUGACAAGUUCAGGCUCAACUACAGCAAGUUUGUCGAGCGGACGUGGUUCUAUCUGGUGCUCGACGAGGGCCACAUCAUUCGAAACUCAAACACGCUGCUGCACCAAAGAGUAAAAAUGGUGCGGGCCGAAAACAGGCUGCUUCUGAGCGGAACCCCGAUCCAAAAUUCGGUCGGCGAGCUGUGGGCGCUGUUUGACAUUUUGAUGCCUGGGUUUCUGGGGAAGGAAAAGGACUUCAGCAGAGAGUACAUCAAGCCGAUUGAAAAGGCCCGAGAGGGAAAGGGAACGCCAAGGGACGCAGAGAUAGCAAAGGCCAAGCUGGAGGAGCUGCACAGCUCGGUGCUUCCCUUCAUUCUCCGUCGGAUGAAGGAAACUGUUCUGUCAGACCUGCCACCAAAGGUCAUAUCCGACAUAUAUGUGGAUCUGGAGGAGGUGCAGCAGAAGGUGUACGACGGGCUGGCCGCCGGAGGAGGAGCGGAUGGAGAGUACGGAAAGGUUUCUUCGUCGUCUGGAAACUUCUCGCUUCUCACCCGGCUCAUAAAGACGUGCUCGCAUGUGUCCCUUCUAGCGGGCAACGAGCUGCCCUUCCCGCUCACGCAGAAGGAAAAGAGCCUCGCGCCCUCCGGAAAAAUAAGCGCGCUCCUGGACCUGCUGAAGGUCAUGGUGCAGACCAGCAAAAUUCUUGUUUUCUGCCAGUACAAGGCAACCAUCGACAGAGUCAUAAAGGAGGUGGAGGCUGUUCUGCCAGAGGUCAGGUGGACCCGGCUCGACGGAACGGUAAAGGGAGACGAGAGGCCGGCGCUUGCAAAGAAGUUCAACACAGACGCGGAGAUAAGCAUUAUGUAUCUAACCACGCACGCAGGCGGGCUGGGGCUGAACCUCACAGGGGCAGACGCGGUUAUCUUUUUUGAGCACGACUGGAACCCGAUGACGGAUCUGCAGGCCAUGGACCGGGCCCACCGGAUAGGGCAGAAGAAGUCCGUGAGCGUGUUUAGGCUGAUUUCAAAGAAAACAAUCGAGGAGAGCAUAAUGUCUUUGCAGAGGUUCAAGAAUUACAUCGCAAGCACGGUUGUAAACCAGCAAAAUGUAGAAAUAGAAAGCAUGGACACAUCAAACGCCCUAGAAAGACUGGUGCGGGAAAAGGCUCCAAAGGAAAAAGAAACAAGAGAGGAAGAGUACCACGACUUCAUAUAG